AUAUUUAAAACACCCCACAGAGCGCGCUCACAUACACAGCACAGACUGAGGAGAGUGUGUCAGCACGAGGACUCUGGGUAAUAUCCGAUAUUUGGGAGUUUUACACACUAAAGGAGUACCCACAGAAGAUGAAGUCUCCAAAGAUAAAGUCACAGAGCAAAUCGUUUCUUGAGGAGGACGACGACCUCAGCGCCGUGUUGUGUGAAUUCGACGCUGUCAUCGAGGACUUCUCGUCCCCCGUGGAGAAGCGACACUUCAGAUAUGAUGAGCACCUGAAGACCGUGAAGAGACGGAGCAGCGCGAGCGUCAGCGACAGCGGCAUCAGUGACUCCGAGAGUGCAGAGUCCUUGAACAGAAACAGUUUCAGCUUCAGUGAUGAGAAGCUCAACUCUCCCAGCGUCUUCUCGACAAACAGUCCCUUGGUCACAUCUCCUAAACCUAAACUCGGAGACACUAAAGAGCUAGAGGACUUCAUUGCCGACCUUGACAGAACAUUAGCAAGCAUGUGAGAGUGAGAGACGGGAUGACUGGGGCCCAUCACGUUGUAGCUCCGCUGCGGGACAACAGCCAGACUGCUCCUGAACUACUGUGAAGAUGGAGAAGACAUGGUCAGGGUUUCACAUGCUGAACGUGUAUACUUACGCCCAUACAAACUCUCAAAUACAAACGCAUAAAAAUACACUUUUGACAGGAAUGGCUGUGCUCUCUGAAAAACUUGAGCUGUAAGAUUAUUUAAAUAGCUUUUUAUUGAAAUAUAUUUUUAAUUUUAUAGAGUUGGUUGUAAAUUUAUCUGCAAUACCGUUUUGUGUAUAUAUAUUUUUGUAUUUCAUGUAAAUAUCGCCUUGCUAUAAGCCUUUUCUGUCACAUAAGAAUGAACGUAUUCUUAAUUCAUUAGAAAAACUGGAAAAGCAAUAAUAACGUGUAUUUAAUACAACUAAUGUCUUCUAAGAAAUUAAAGGUGACAGAUUUUAAGA